AUGGCUAGUGUAUACGACACUCGUAAAUGUGAGUGUCCGUUUAGAUUAAAGGGUAAACCAUGUUUAGAUGGGGUCGGAUGGGUGUUGAAGGUGAUGUGUGGAAAACACAACCAUGAGUUGGUUGAAACUUUAGUUGAUCACCCUUGUGCUGACAGGUUAAAUACGAGUGAGCAGUCAUUACUGGUUGAUAUGACAAAGAGUAAAGUUACACCUGCAAAUAUUUUAUUAACACUCAAACAAAAUAAUGAUCGAAAUGUCACAACGAUUAAACAAAUCUACAACUCAAGGCAAGUUUAUAAACAAUCAUUAAGAGGGUCCAGAACUGAACUACAACAUCUUAUGAUGUUGUUGGAUUGGGAUAAGUACAUCCACUGGAGUAGGUGCGCUGAUGAUUCAGAGGUUGUUACUGACCUGUUUUGGACAGGGUUAACCUUCUCAGCCGCAUUUGCUUUCCUGUCUACUGAAAGGCAGAGUAAUUUCAUAUGGACUUUGGAAAAGCGGAAAG